AUGCAAGAAGACGUCUUCCCAAUAUGCACGGCAUGCGGGUCUCAGUACGACGCCGAGAAUGGCAGUCCUCCUAAACGAUGCAAGAUUUGCGACGAUCCACGCCAAUUUGUUCCCCCAAGCGGACAAUCAUGGACCACCCUAUCUCAACUCCGCACAGAGCACGAGAACAAAUGGGCACAAGACCCUGAGGACUCACGAGUCUGGUAUUUCUGGACUGAACCAAAGUUCGCAAUCGGCCAACGCGCCUUCCUCCUCCGCACCCCGCACGGCAACAUAAUCUGGGACCUGCUCCCUCUCCUCUCCCCCACCACCAUCUCUAAAUUAAACGACCUCGGCGGCGUCCACGCAAUCAUAAUCUCCCACCCGCACUACUACGCCACCUACGCCUCCUGGCUCGCCGCCUUCCCGGACGCUACGCUCUACGUGAGUUCGGACGACAAGGGCUGGUUGUGUCGCCAGCCGGAGCGGAACAUGGUCGUUUGUAGUGUCAUUGGGCGGGUGGGGUAUAAGGAGGAGGUUGUGGAUGGGGUGUGGGUGGUGAAGGUGGGAGGGCAUUUUGAGGGGAGUCUGGUGCUGCUUUUGGAGGGCAGUGGGAAGGAGGGGGAAGGGGGGGAGGGGGCAAGUUGUCAAACGACAUACAGCUUCAUGUGGUCGAUCCCGAACAUGAUACCGCUUCCACCGAAAAGCAUCAAGCAGAUCUGGGAUGCACUCAAGGAUUUGGACUUCGAGAGUACACAUGGGGCGUUUGUGGGGAUGGAUGUAAGGGGCGAGGUUGGGGAGGUGAAAGAGAGAUUGUUGGAGAGUAUGAAAAUCCAAGUUAGGGGAGAGGGGUGGGAUGCCGAAGAGACUUUUGCUGAGAAGGAGCAAGUGAGUGAUGAUGUCUUGUACAGGACAAUCACAAGAUGA